GUAUAUAUAAGCAGAAGCUAAGCAGCCGUUUAGCCACGACAGCGCGCGCGCACACAAGAGCCGAGCAAAGGGAGAGUAAACCACCACGAGCACAACAAUGAGAUCCCUGAUCUCGGUGUCCGCGGCCGCGCUGGUCCUCGCCGCCGUCCUCGCCGCCGCGCCGCGGCUCGCGGGGGGGCAGGACGAGUGCGGCGCCACCCCGCCGGACCAGGAGGCCCUGAAGCUGGUGCCGUGCGUGGCGGCGGGGAAGGACCCGGACUCCAAGCCUUCGGACCGCUGCUGCGCAGCGGUGAAGGAGAUCGGGGAGAGGAGCCCCGCGUGCCUCUGCGCGGUGCUGCUCUCCAAGAUCGUGCGCCGGGUCGGGGUCAAGCCGGAGGUGGCCAUCACCAUCCCCAAGCGCUGCGACCUGGCCGACCGCCCCAUCGGCUACAAGUGCGGCGACUACACCAUGCCCAGCCUGCAGCUGAAGGACUGAUCGACGGUUUACCAGCACCAAAGCGGUUAAAUAAGGCUAGUAAGUUCGUGUCUCCGUAUGCAGACACCAGCACAUUGUAUGGAGUGUUAAAAAAAUUUACUGUACAUUGUAUGGAGAAAAUGAUCCCCGUGCUUCAGUGGGCUUUGUUUGUGCCGUGAAUCGAGGAUGCAAAGAACGACGCCGUUGCGCC